AUGAUGAAGUCGCAUGAAAUCGCAUUAGUGAUUUUGGAAGCUCUAUCAUUGAAAUUGGGAUUGGAUUCACGAGUUCUGCCUAACUUGCAUCGACUUAAGCAACCAAGUGGUGAUCAAUUACGACUUACGAAGUCUACUAUGUAUCCUACUGAAAAGGGAUGUCUACCAGCUGUGGCUUUUGGUGCGCAUACCGAUUUUGGUUCGAUAACGAUCCUGUUUAAUCGAUUAGGCGGCCUGCAAGUCUUAGGAUCGAAUGGAGAAUGGUUAGAUAUUCAACCUUUAUCAGGACAUGCCAUUGUUAAUCUUGGUGACGCUAUGGUUAAACUUUCUGGUGGUAUCCUCAAAUCGAAUAUACAUCGCAUUGUAACUAUAUCUGGGCUCAAGGAAACGGUAGAUCGCUACAGUGUUGUUUACUUUUCAAGGCCAGAAAACAAUGUCUUAAUGAAAAGUAUAGUAAAUAAUGGAACAGAAGAACAACCCGAAGAUCAUGUGUUGACAGCCCAAGAAUGGGUUGCCAUAAGAGUCAAAAACUAUCAAACGGCAAAUUAUAAAGAUGAGAGCACGUAUGAAAGCAGUCGAGGAACUGAAGCGCAUCGUGAGACUACUGCUUAUAUGUGA